GGGACAUUGUUUUCGUUUUUCUUAUUUUUGGCAAAUGCCCACAGUUACUGUGGAUCGAGAGCUCUUUUUGCGUUCUGUACCCGGAAUAGAUAGUGACGAAGAUGUUGAAAGUAUCUGUUAUGAGUUCGGCUUAGAAGUGGACGAAGUGUGCUACGAAACUUGGACCUUUGGUUCAAGGGCAAGGAGUGGAAUAGAAGUCACAUUGCCUAACGAAGACGGCAAGGAAGAACAACACCAAGUGUUCAAGAUAGAGGUUCCAGCCAACAGGACUGAUCUGCUGUCUGCGGAUGGGAUCAUCAAAGCUCUUAGAGUAUUUCGAGGAAUCGAUAAGCCUCUAGAGUUCUCUUCAAGUUUAUCCUCUAGUCCUAUACGCUUAAUCAUAAAGCCUGCAGUUCAGAAAGUAAGGCAAUAUAUGCUGUCCGCUGUUAUACGAGGUGUUGUCUUGAAUCGUUUACGAUAUCAGAGUAUUAUCGACUUUCAGGAGAAACUUCACCAAAACAUUUGUAGACAGCGGUCUCUGGUUUCCAUAGGAUUGCACGAUUUGGACAAAGUAGAGCCACCUUUUGUGUAUGAUGCUUUACGACCAACAGAAAUAACGUUUGUACCUUUGGGACUGGAUAAAGAGUUUCGAGCUGAUCAACUUUUCGAGUAUUACGACCGAGAUCCUCAGCUCAGAAAAUAUACGUCACUCAUUCGUCAGUUUGAUAGGUUUCCUGUAGUGUUAGAUGCAAAGAAUCGUAUUUUAUCUCUUCCUCCAGUAAUCAAUGGGGACUUAUCGAAAGUUACACUUUCAACACGGAACAUAUUUGUGGAUUGCACCGGAACUGACUGGACAAAAACUCAAAUGGUCAUACGAACGAUUGUUGCUAUUAUUAGCCAAUAUUGUGAAGAGCCCUUUGUAGAACCUGUAAUUAUUGAAACAAUGUCUGUUGAUCAGUCCAGUCAAGAGAUGAUUUCACCCAAUAUGGAGCUGCAUUCAUUCAAGUUAGAGUUGGAGCGUGCCAAGAGAAUGUUGGGUGUGGAUCUUUUACCGGAUAAAGCCGUAGAACUUCUCAAUCGAAUGCAGUUGUUUGCUACGAUAGAAGAAGAUUCAAGAAAUAGCCUUCAUGUACAAGUGCCCAUUCAUCGCGAUGAUAUUCUUCAUACUUGUGAUAUUAUCGAGGAUUUAGCAGUUGCCUACGGAUAUGAUAAUCUUCCUGAGCGUUUUCCUUGUACAGUGACACAAGGAAGAUUGCUAGGCAUAAAUAUGUUUUCAGAUCUUGUGCGCAGAGAAGGAUUGGCUCAGCAAGGCUUUACAGAAGUAUUAACUUGGGUUACCGUCUCGCAAGCAGAAAACUUUGAUAUGAUGCAGAGACCAGAUGAUGGCAAUACUGCAGUUCGGAUAGCAAACCCAAAAACAUUAGAAUUUCAAAGCUGUCGAUUUUCAUUGCUUCCAGGAAUACUAAAGACACUUCGUGAAAACAGAAUGGUAAAGCUUCCUAUUCGACUAUUUGAAUUAUCGGACACAGUCCAUAUUCAAAGAGACCACGAAGUUGGAGCAGUUAACCGUCGAAGUCUUUGUGCAGUAUAUUGUAGCUCGACUGCUGGAUUUGAACUCAUUCAUGGUUUAUUAGAGCAUAUAAUGAAAGUAGUGAGUCUACCUAACAAAGCAACUUCGAAAGGGUCUAAAUAUUUUUGGUUGGAUGAUAAGAAUUGUGAAGACAACGCAUACUUUCCUGGUCGGAGGGCUCUGAUCAUGUUUGGAGAAAGAGAGAUCGGUGUACUGGGGUGGAUACAUCCUCAAGUCUUGCAAAAUUUUGGCUUGAAUAACCCAUGUUCUGCACUAGAAUUGGAUAUCGAUCUGUUAUUCAGUUUAUCCAAUUACUUUUUAAAGUCUUGAGAAAUGAAGCAGAUUGCCAGUUAUAACCAACGUCAUAAAAUUCCGAUUUUCUCA